CGCGCGCGCUCGCUGGGAUCAGAUCGCAGGAUACGAUCCUGGCUUCGAGGAUCGCGGUGGCGAUACAGUCGAGAUGUCACUCAAGUCGUGGAUGUGUGGGGGGCGGGUGCUGGUCGCCCCCUGCAGCAGAGUGGGUCACGUCUUCGUCAGGCGACCCACUUCCAAGACUGGAGGUCUUCUCAGGAACACGCGUCGCAUCGCUGAGGUCUGGCUGGACGAAUACAAGAAGUUUUACUACGACUUGCGGCCUCAGGCGCUCUACAAGAACUACGGCAACAUAUCGACGCAGUUAUCGCUGAAGCAGCGGCUGCAGUGUCGCAGUUUCUCGUGGUACCUGAUGACAGUGUAUCCUGAACUGCUGCCUCCUACACCCAUCAUACUGAGGCAGGGUACACUGAGGCAUGGUGCCUCGUGCCUCAGUGUCGUCGUCUACACUGAGCCUCAGAGGCGCAGUCUCAAGGGAACGUCGCGCACGCUUGGAUACGUCGAGUGCUCCGAGGCUGCGACGUUCGUCCUGACGUCAGACGGACGUCUCAUGGCUGACGGGCUGUGCGUGACGUCAUCACCGCCUGCUGACGCCAGGGUGGUGCUGGCAGCAUGCGGCGCCAGCAGUAAUGCUCGCUGGACAUACGACGCUGGGCUCCAGCAGCUGGUACACGCAGCGUCCAGCUGGUGCAUGAGUCCAGCUGCUGAUGACGUCACCGUGACACAGCCCUGCUCAGCUGGUGCUCUGGGCUGGACCUUCCAGCGCCGCUGAGGCU